AUGGUCAAGAAUCUUGAGGUAACGGUCCCUUUUACUGAUUUAAUAUCUCAAGUUCCUGUUUAUGCAAAAUUUUUGAAAGAGAUGAUCACUAAGAAAAGGGAUUAUGGUGGUGUGGAGAGAGUCGCUCUAACUGAAGAGUGUAGUGCGAUAUUGCAAAAUAAGUCUCCACCCAAACUUAAGGAUCCGGGUGCAAGUGUGUCUGUCAUGCCCCUUUCUGUCUGUAAUAGGUUGAAUAUGGGAAAACUAAAAUGCACACAAAUCACGUUGCAAAUGGCAGAUCGUUCUAUAAAGUAUCCCUUGGGUAUUUUGGAGGAUGUUCCUGUCCGGGUGGGGAAAUUCUACAUUCCUGUUGAUUUUGUAGUGCUAGAUAUGGAGGAGGAUAGUCAAAUCCCCAUAAUUUUGGGUAGGCCAUUUUUAUGUACUGCAGGUGUUGUCAUUGAUGUCAAGUCUGGGUCUCUUACUUUGAGUGUUGGUGAUGAUACUGUUACUUUUAAUCUAACCAAUGCUGUGAAGUCUCCUAUGCUUGAGAAUACUUGUUGCAGGAUUGACAUUGUAGAAGAGAUUUCUCUAGAAAACAUCCCUAGGAUGUUGUAUGAUGAUCUAUUGCUGGCGACACUCACCUUGGAGGCCCGAAAAGGAGAAGGAGAUUGUGAGAUUGAUUCCUUGAUCUCGGAUUGA